GGGCUGGGUGGAGGUGGAGAGGAAGAGCUGCCGGAAGUAGGUGGUGGAGGUUGUGGCCGGGCUGGCAGCGGCUGCCGGGGAAACCGGGGCGCGGGACUCACGGCUCACAGACAGGGCAGGCCGGGGGCCAUCUCGGUGUCUGGCACCCAGCAGGCCGGAGGCUCCCUUUGCCCGGGCCAAGGGUCUUUGGUUCAGCAGCCGCCGCUGGACCCGGGCCUUUCCUUGAGCCCGCCAGGGGGCGCCGCGCCGAGGGCCUGCGGAGUGAGGGGCGGACGCCGCUGAGCCCAGCAGGGGCGCGGGACUAGGCGGAAGGAGCGAGUUGCCUACCGCUCGGGAGCUGCUCUGGGCGGGGGCCUGGGAGUCCUCACCCCUGGGCUGGGGCAGGGGUCUCUGGGGGCGAGGGGGGCUCGUCAUCCUCUGCCCCCGUCGGCAUACUGGCUAUGACGGGCAAGUCGGUGAAGGACGUGGACCGGUACCAGGCGGUCCUGGCCAACCUGCUGCUGGAGGAGGAUAACAAGUUCUGCGCGGACUGCCAGUCUAAAGGGCCACGAUGGGCCUCCUGGAAUAUUGGUGUGUUUAUCUGCAUUCGAUGUGCUGGAAUCCACAGGAAUCUGGGGGUGCACAUAUCCAGGGUAAAAUCAGUUAACCUCGACCAAUGGACUCAAGAACAGAUUCAGUGCAUGCAAGAGAUGGGAAAUGGAAAGGCAAACCGACUCUAUGAAGCCUAUCUUCCUGAGACUUUUCGGCGACCUCAAAUAGACCCAGCUGUUGAGGGAUUUAUUCGAGAUAAAUAUGAGAAGAAGAAAUACAUGGACCGAAGUCUGGACAUCAAUGCCUUUAGGAAAGAAAAAGAUGACAAGUGGAAAAGAGGGAGUGAGCCAGCUCCAGAGAAAAAAAUGGAACCUGUUGUUUUUGAGAAAGUGAAAAUGCCACAGAAAAAAGAAGAUUCACAGCUACCUCGGAAAAGUUCCCCGAAAUCUACAGCACCGGUUAUGGAUUUGUUGGGCCUUGAUGCUCCAGUGGCCUGCUCUAUCCCAAAUUGUAAGACCAGCAAUACCCUAGAGAAGGAUUUAGAUCUUUUGGCCUCUGUUCCAUCCCCAUCUUCUUCAGUUUCCAGGAAGGUUGUCGGUUCCAUGCCAACUGCGGGGAGCGCCGGCUCUGUUCCUGAAAACCUGAACCUGUUUCCGGAGCCAGGGAGCAAAUCAGAGGAAGUGGGCAAGAAACAACUCUCUAAAGACUCCAUCCUUUCGCUGUAUGGAUCGCAGACCCCACAGAUGCCUCCCCAAGCAAUGUUCAUGGCUCCUGCUCAGAUGGCAUAUCCCACAGCCUACCCCAGCUUCCCUGGGGUAACACCUCCUAACAAUAUCAUGGGGAGCAUGAUGCCCCCACCAGUAGGCAUGGUAGCCCAGCCGGGAGCCUCUGGAAUGGUUGCCCCCAUGGCCAUGCCUGCAGGCUAUAUGGGUGGCAUGCAGGCAUCAAUGAUGGGUGUGCCAAAUGGGAUGAUGGCCACCCAGCAGCCUGGCUAUAUGGCAGGCAUGGCAGCUAUGCCCCAGACUAUGUAUGGGGUUCAGCCAGCUCAGCAGCUGCAGUGGAACCUUACUCAGAUGACCCAGCAGAUGGCUGGGAUGAACUUCUAUGGAGCCAACGGCAUGAUGAAUUAUGGACAGUCAAUGGGUGGUGGAAAUGGACAGGCAACAAGUCAGACUCUCAGUCCUCAGAUGUGGAAAUAAAAACAAGACACCUGUUUGGCUGCCAGUCUCUUCCUCCCUCACUCUCCCCCUCUCUCCUUUCCCCUGCCCCCUCUCCUACUCCCAUUCCCUUUUCCUACCUCUCUGUUUGGUUUAGAAAUUGCUCAAUAAGUCAUUUGGGGUUUGGCAUCUUGCCCAACCCAGCCACUUCCCAAACACGCAGACCUCUCUGUUGCUUUAUGUUGUUCAUGUCAAAAGCCAUCCCAACACCUUCCCAGCCACAGCCCUUAUUCUAUCCUGCACCAGCACCUUAGAAAUUGUUGGGAGAAGGCACUUAAACUUCAGGGGAAAAUGUGCACAUCUUUCAAUACCUUCCCUCACGGUUGAACCCCUGUCAGGCCCUCACGAAGGUAUGGAGGUGCUCAGUAUGAGGCAGAGAAGGAGGAGAGCAGAGGUCGUCCUUCUCUACAUGUUAGUGAGCUUGUUUCCAAGUGUUUAAACUUUUGACUGAAGAGGAAGGCAUCCUGUUCCCAUGCUUUACAGGAGCAAAGAAACAACUGCAAUCACAUUAAACACUUCUCCAGUCCGGGAUCAGGUUGACCCUAGCCUUGGGGUGAAGCGAACCCCAGAUGAGCAAAAUUACUACUCUGCUUUGCUCUGAGUUGCUUUCCGGGUCUAGGGCUUCAGCACUCGCUGCUUCAGUCACCUUUAUUAGCACCAAAGACUCUGAAGGUCCCCACACACACACACACAAUAUACACACCCCUCACCUGCCUCCUGCCCACCUUCAGCAGGAUCCAGCCCCUUGGUGGGAACACAGAGCUGCGAGUGUGCACUGCUUGUGUGCGUGUACAUGUGGAUCCGGCAUUCCACCCCCUCCCCAUUUGCUUUGGUGGUUUUUGUUUUUGUUUUAGGUUUACAACAGAGAGGAGUUAAUUUAUCAAAAGCUAAAAAACUGUUGCCAGUUUUUCUUACAGUUUAAAAAAAUUGCUAUCUCGUUGAUUGCUCCCUGUCUCCUUUCCCUUCCCCCUCUGCCAGUCACCCUUUCAUGCCCCCUGACCCGAAUGCUCUGUUGCCCACCUUUUCCAGGUGAAGAGGCAGAGAGCCUGGGCAGCAGUCCUCUCAGCCCUUGUUCAUUCCAUCUGAAAAUUCAAAUAAGAAAACUUUGCUUAAAAGAUUUCAUGUGUGGGAACCAUAAUGCCUGGUUGCCUUUCUCCUGUGUAUGUGUAAAUUCCUCAAUAAAUAUUGCAGGGAAGGACCAUU